AUGACGGAAGCGCUGUAUGAUAGAUACUGUAGUGGGAGAACCGGUGACGAGGAACCAGGUGAUCGCAAGUGCGUGCAGAGGUCGCUGCAAGGGUCACGUGAUAUUUUGCUCCACUUCUGGCCCGUGCUCAUCGCAAAACGCGCUACGGAUCCUACCUGGAGGGCCUUUGAGGAUCGUACCUUCUCUAAGCUUCUACAGAUUGAUACUGAAACCGAUACGGAUAAGGUAGGCGAGUAUGUCGAUGAAUUUGAUGACUGGCAAGAAUUCCAAGCUGUAAUUCCCGACCUAGAUAAGGUUAUAUAA